UAAAUAGUGAUAAUUAUUCAAAUGUCAGCAGGAGAGGUAGUUACAAAGGACAUUCUUGCCCUCAAGAUGAACGUAGAUCAACUGAAAUCAGAGAACCAGACCUUAAAGCUAAAAAAUAAUGAACUCCAAGCCCAGAUGAAAGCUGAUCAUGCUAAAACAGAGCAAUUAGAAAAGCUAGUAGAGUUCCUCAGUUCUGAAUUGGAAGGCUUUCCGAAAGUAGAGAAUGUCACCAAGCAGUUGCAAAUUUCUAUUAAAAUCUGAGACGAUCUCCGUUUUGAGAAUCUAGAAUUAAAAACCAAGCUUCUCGAAGAGAAUAAAUAAAAUGAGCGACCUAAAAGAAUGCUUUAUUGAGAUGCGAAAUUCAACAGAAAACAUGAAAAAGGACAUGAAAGAUAAGGACAAACUUGAAAUUAUCGAGGAAAAGUUGUCACUGGAGAGCACACUGCUCACCUUGUCCGAAGAAGUUGAGUUUCUGAGUCAGAAAUAAUGAGGAGUUCCUACAAGAGUUACAAAAACGAGAUUUCUAUGAGGAAUAUACAGCAUGCAAAGAAGAGCUAGUGAAUUUCAAAUAAGGUUCAACUGUCUUUAAUCAAUGCUAAAACUAACUAUCUGGAUGUAAAUACAAGAGGACAUAGUAACUCACAAGAUGUAUUUCUUAGGGAGAGAUUUGAAAUGUUUAACUCUAAAAACAAGAAAAAGAUGGGGAGACAUAACAAAAAGAAAGAAGGCACUUUCAAAGCAGACGAGUCAAACACCUUAAGUAGACUCUUCAAUUGAGGGGUGUAUAUAGAAGAUGGCAACUAUGAGCUCCAUGUUGAUCAAGAGUAAA